AUGGCUACUUCGAAUUCACUCCCACCGCCAAGACCGUUGUCGUUUGAAGGAAAUCUAGCAGAAAAUUGGCGUUGGGGGAUACAGCAAUUCAGAUUAUAUCUAAGUGCAACUAGAAACGACAAGAAAGAUGAAAAAGUUCAGUGUUCAAUUCUAUUAACCGUUGCUGGGGAGGAUGCUGUUGAAGUUUUAAACACAUUCACAUUCACAGAGACUGAAGAAGACAAGAUUGAACUUCUUAUUGCAAAAUUUCGUGGUUAUUGUACACCUAAAAAGAAUAUAACUUUUGAAAGGCAUGUAUUCAACACUCGUUGUCAAGAGUCUGAUGAAUCUAUCGAUACCGCGUUAUAUACAACGAUAUACAACGAUAUACAACGUUACCGCGUUGAAAAAACUUGCAAAUUGUGCGAAUUUGGUGACUUACAAGACUCCCAAGUAAGAGACGGGAUAGUGUGUGGAAUUAAAAGUGCUGAAGGCAAGACUGCUGCGCGGUCCAGCGCAGGGUAUGUCGAUCCCGGUUACGAGGAUCACGAAUUGUGCAACUGCCCUGCAAACGGACAGACGUGUCAUGAAUGCCAAGGAAGAAAUCAUUUCGCCAGGGUAUGUCGUUCUUCUGGAAAGCCUGCGCAUGUUGUUGAAGAAAGUUCAGAUUCAGAGAAAGAAAUGUAUAUCGUAACUGUAACCAAGAAGAAGAAUUCGAAGAAUGGAUGGAAUCAGGAAUGUCGUCGUUAA